AAAAUCUUCAUUCGAUUCAGUGUUUUUGAUUUUUUCUCACAAUCUCUCUUUGCUAGCCUUUGUUUUUGAAAUGGAUCCCUACAAGAACCGACCAUCAAGCGCUCAUGACAGCCAGUUCUGGACUACGAAUUCCGGUGCUCCCGUAUGGAACAACAACUCAUCCAUGACCGUUGGACCCAGAGGUCCAAUUCUUCUUGAAGACUAUCAUCUGAUUGAGAAACUUGCAAAUUUCGAUCGAGAGAGGAUCCCGGAGCGUGUUGUCCACGCUAGGGGUGCUAGUGCAAAGGGGUUCUUUGAAGUCACCCACAAUAUCUCCGACUUUACAUGUGCUGACUUCCUACGAGCUCCUGGAACUGAGACACCAGUUAUUGUCCGUUUUUCUACCGUUGUUCAUGAGCUUGGAAGCCCUGAAACCAUAAGGGACCCUCGAGGUUUCGCUGUGAAGUUCUACACUAGAGAGGGUAAUUUUGAUCUUGUGGGGAAUAAUUUUCCCGUUUUCUUCAUUCGUGAUGGGAUGAAGUUUCCAGAUUUAGUGCAUGCUUUUAAGCCUAACCCUAAGUCUCAUAUCCAAGAAACUUGGAGGAUUUUUGACUUUUUGUCCCACAUUCCUGAAAGUUCGCACAUGCUUACCUUUCUCUUUGACGAUUUGGGUAUUCCGCAAGAUUACAGGCAUAUGGAUGGCUUUGGUGUUAACACUUAUACUCUGAUCAACAAAGCCGGAAAAGUCCACUUUGUCAAAUUCCACUGGAAACCUACUUGUGGCGUAAAGUGUUUACUUGAUGAAGAAGCAAUCAAAGUUGGAGGGACCAAUCAUAGCCAUGCAACUAAGGAUCUAUACGACUCAAUUGCUGCGGGUAAUUAUCCCGAGUGGAAGCUAUUUAUGCAGAUAAUGGAUCCCGCUGAUGAGGAUAAAUUUGACUUUGAUCCACUUGAUGUGACCAAGACCUGGCCUGAAGAUAUUUUCCCCCUGCAGCCUGUCGGACGCCUGGUUUUAAAUAAGAACGUUGAUAAUUUCUUUGCUGAAAAUGAGCAGCUUGCAUUCUGCCCUGCUAUCGUAGUCCCUGGUGUUUCUUAUUCAAAUGAUAAGCUACUUCAGAGUAGGAUCUUUUCCUAUGCUGAUGCUCAGAGACACCGUUUGGGACCCAACUAUCUACAGCUCCCUGUUAAUGCUCCGAAAUGCGCUCAUCACAACAACCACCAUGAUGGUUUCAUGAAUUUCAUGCAUAGAGAUGAAGAGGUCAAUUACUUCCCAUCCACAUUUGACCCGGUUCGCCAUGCGGAGCCUUACCCGAUUGUUUCCGCCGUCGUCACCGGAAAACGGGAGAAGGUUGUGAUUGAGAAAGAGAACAAUUUCAAACAAGCAGGAGAUAAUUAUCGAUCUUGGGAUCCUGAACGACAAGAGCGGUUCCUCAAUCGGAUAGUUGAGGGCUUAUCUGAUCCUCGCAUAACUCAUGAGCUUCAUACAAUUUGGAUCUCUUACUGGACUCAAUGCGACAAAUCCUUGGGUGACAAGGUAGCAAGCCGUCUCAACAUGAAACCAAGCAUUUGAAGAUGUGUUCAGAAGCUGCAAAAUCACUUGUUGUUAAUAUAUACUAAUAAAUCAAUUUAGCACUUAUUAUAUGCUUGUUAUCAGUGUUUUAAAAACCGGACCGGACCAGCCGGUUCGACCGGUCGAACCGGUAACCGGUCACAUGUCCGGUUUUUAAAACUGGAGAAUCGGAAAUUCGGUCCAACCGGAUUGGACUGGAUUAAACCGGAUGAACAGGUUAGAACCGGUGAAGGAACCGAAUAGAACCGGCCGGUUCAAUUAUAAAUUUAUUUUAUAAUAUACUUUUAAAUUAUAUGUA